CUGGCGUCUCAUUAAACUCCCCAGUCGACAUUAACAAACGUUGGUAAACAGUUGAUAAACGUUUAGUCAUUCGCUUCGUACGGUCCACACAUCAAAGACAAAAAUAAAGAUUCGAGUGAACGUAAUGGCAUCCCAGAUUAUGAAUAACAUGGACGUGUUGGAUGUUUCCACAAAACUUCAAAAAGACCUGGAAGAAUCUCUAAUCUCAAGGAUUUUGAAUGCAGUAGAAAUAUUUAUGAAGGAAGAAGAUAGACUCCCAAAAAAUGGGGAGGACGACAGUACCACUAGAUUCCGGGACUUGAUAAAUUUUUUUCUCAUCCAGAAGAAGGAUUUCGACAUCUUGAGUCCAAAUUAUGCAACACUUCUUCAUUUUGUUGUGAAACACGGGGACAAUGAAAGUUUCAAGUCACUUUUGGACGGCAAAAGUAAUUUCGACGUGAAUGCUCACAACUCGAAAGGAACGACCUUGAUGCACGUUGUUGCCAUAAAUGGUACGUGCCAGAUGAUGCAGGAACUUCUGGAUCGCGGUGCCGACAUUAAUAUCCGAACCGGACAAAAUGACAUAGUACAUCAAAAUGCAACAUUUAAUAACUUAUCCUUUAAUAUCACAUCGUUUAAUAAUAAUGAUGGUGAAAUUGAAGGAUAUACUCCUCUUCAUUGUGCCGCCUAUGCGGGAAAUUUUGAAGUUUUGCGGAUGCUUCUGAACAAGGGCGCGGACAUUAACGCUAUCUCCUAUUACGGAACGCCCCUUCAUUUCGCCUGUGGUGAAAUUAACGGUAAUCUUGAGCACGAUUAUUUGCUUAAAAAGAAAAGCUAUUGGUCCGAAGAUAAAAAAAUUAGUGAUGUUGAUCGUGCCAAACUUGUUCAAAUGCUUCUUGAUCGGGGUGCGCGUAUCGAUGUGACAGAUUCAAAUAGGAAAACGGCACUUCAAAGGGCCUGCUUUAAUGCUAAUUUACCAAUAAUAGAGGUUCUUUUGGAUCAUGUUGCCCCGAUUUAAAAACAAUGAGGCAAAUAUGGUGUCAAAGUAAAUAUAUAUCACAGUAUUUAUAUAUUAAUGUUAUUUUAUAUAUGUCAAUUUAUACUAGCUUUUCAAUUUUUCUGUGAUAUGAAGCAUGAGUCAUUUUCGUCUAAAUUAAAUUAUAUAUUUUUACUGCGCAAUGGAAAUGUGUCGAUGUGAUUUUAAGCGUAAGCAAAAGUGUGGAAAUAUUGUGUCUUUGUGAUCAUUUUAUAUUUUUUUCAUGGUAACUAAUUGUUUUUACCAUUUCUAGAAAACAGACUCGAGAGUGUCGACAAUUUUAUUUUAUUAACCCUGAAAAAUGAGAAUUUUAUAUGCCAAAUUAUGUGCCUAUAAGUAUAGAGUUUUAAUUUAAAGGGAUGGCGAUGAUGUCCAUAGUCUGAUAUUUUUUGAACAAUAAUUAUUGAAGAUAAUGACUAUUUUGUUAUUGUAAUAGUCAUAUGAAAAAAUAUAUGUAGAGAGAAUUUUGGAAUGGUAAAUGUUCUUUUCUUUUUCUUCGCCGUGACAAUUUAUUGGAAGUUUCCAAUUUUUUACAAUGGAAAGAAAGGUUUUUUUUACCUUUUAAUAUUUAUGAGAUAAAUGAUAUAUUUCUUGAUAGUGUAAUAAGCCGAAUAUUCUUGUCGCGUUAUUUUGUAAUGAUAUCGAAAGAAUAAUAAAAUGUAAUUUUUCAUUAAAAAA